AUGCCGCUGGGGCUGAGGAGCAAGAGGAAGGAUAAGUCCAAGGAAACCUCCAAGCUGGUGGAGGGCGAGGCGGCGGGGCCGGCCCCCGCGGCGGCCCCGGCAGCGAGUGCGUCGCGGCUGCAGUUCCACACGCAGCUGGCGCACGGCAGCCCCACGGGCCGCGUAGAGGGCUUCGGCAGCGCCGGAGAGCUCUACGCCAAGAUCGGCGAGGCCUUCGGCAUCGACCCUGCCGAGAUCAUGUUUUGCACUUUGAACACUCAUAAAGUUGAUAUGGACAAGCUCUUAGGUGCACAAAUUGGCCUUGAAGAUUUCAUAUUUGCCCACAUAAAAGGACAACGGAAAGAAGUGGAAAUACUUAAAACUGAUGAUAUGCUUGGGCUUACCAUUACAGACAAUGGAACUGGCUGUGCAUUUAUAAAGCGAAUCAAAGAAGGUAGCCUUGUGGACCAAACCAAAACGAUCUGUGUGGGUGAUCACAUAGAAACUAUAAAUGGAAGAAAUGUGUCAGAUUGUCGCCAUUACGAAGUUGCCAAAAUGCUAAAAGAUCUGGAGAAAGGUCAGAUGUUUAAGCUGGAGCUGAUAGAGCCUAUGAAAGCAUUUGAAAAGCUGGAACCGAGGUCCAAAGGUGGAACUCUGCCAGAGGCUAAGAUCUCCAAAGGGAGAGAAACACUUCGCCUGAGAACCAAAGGCCCUGCUACUGUGGAGGAAAUGCCAACUGAAGUUGAAGAAAGAGCAAUUAAAAAAGUAGAUGAGCUUCUUGAGACAUACAUGGGGAUAAGAGACAUUGAAUUAGCUGCAACAAUGGUGGAAGCUGGAAGAGACAAGAAAAACCCAGAUGAAUUUGCAGUGGCAUUGGAUGAAACUCUUGGAGACUUUGCAUUUCCAGAUGAGUUUGUAUUUGAUGUAUGGGGAGCAAUAGGUGAUGCUAAGCAAGGAAGACUGGAGUGAGAA